CUUUCCUGGGCCUUGCGUCUUCCGUGAGUAAUGGCUCCGGACUCAGGUCCCUUUCCAGAAGGGUCGCUCUUAAAGCUGCUACCCGUAGACGCUAGGGACCGGGGCACCCAGCGCUGUCGCCUGGGCCCGGCGGCCCUCCGCGCCUUAGGCGCGCACCUGGGCUCGGCGGUGGAGAUCUCGCUGCCUGACGGCGGCUCCUGCCUCUGCACCGCCUGGCCGCGGCGGGAUGGAGCGGACGGCUUUGUGCAACUGGAUCCGCAGUGCGCGAGCCCGGGGGCGGCAGUGGGGGCGCCGGGGUCCCGGGGAAGUCUGAACCUGAGCCGACUCCGGUUAGUGCCCUGCCCGCCCCUUCGGCUCCUCGCCGUGUGGCCGGUGUUGCGGGAGCUGGCGGGCGUGUCUGGUGCCCCAAAUCCAGCCGCGGUGCUGGAGGCGGCGCAGGAGCUGCUGAGGAACCGUCCGGUCUCUCUGGGCCACGUGGUGGCCGCUCCUCCGGGCGCUCCCGGCCCGGUGGCCGCCCUGCACAUCGUCAGCGGGGCACCCAACCCAAAUCCGGCCGGGCUGGUCACCCCUCGCACCCACAUCAGUCUGAGCGGGCUACCUCCGUCGGAAGAGGAGCCGCAGCCCGAGGUGCCCCUGGGGGGCCUUUCCGAGGCGGCCGACUCGCUGCGGGAGCUCCUCGACUUGCCGCUCAGCUACCCCCGCGCCUUGGCCUCACUGGGGCUAGAAGUGCCACGCGGGGUGCUCCUGGCUGGCCCCCCCGGAGUGGGCAAGACCCAGCUAGUGCGGGCCGUGGCCCGAAAGGCGGGCGCGGAGCUGCUGGCCGUGAGUGCACCCACGCUGCAGGGCUCCCGGCCCGGGGAGACCGAGGAGAACGUGCGGCGGGUCUUCCAGCGCGCGCAGGAGCUAGCCAGCCACAGGCCCACCCUUCUCUUCCUGGACGAGGUGGACGCCCUGUGUCCCCGGCGGGGCGGCCCACACCAAGCCCCCGAGAGCCGCGUGGUGGCCCAGGUGUUGACGCUGCUAGACGGCAUCAGUGGGGGCCGGGAGGUGGUGGUUGUGGGAGCCACCAACCGGCCGGACGCACUAGACCCAGCGCUGCGUAGACCUGGGAGAUUCGACCGAGAGAUUGUCAUUGGAACUCCCACACUUAGACAAAGAAAGGCGAUUCUACAAGUGAUUACCUCAAAGAUGCCCAUCUCCAGUCAAGUCGAUUUGAGCCUCCUUGCAGAAAUGACUGUUGGCUAUGUUGGUGCAGACCUGACCGCACUCUGUAGGGAGGCUGCCAUGCACGCUCUGCUUCAUAGUGAGAAGAACCAGGACAAUCCAAUGAUUGAUGAAACAGACUUCCUUGAAGCUUUUAAAAAGAUCCAGCCCUCAUCAUUUCGAAGUGUCAUUGGACUGAUGGACAUCAAGCCUGUUGGCUGGGAGCAGAUUGGUGGCCUUGAAGAUGUAAAACUGAAGUUAAAACAGAGCAUUGAAUGGCCUCUGAAAUUCCCUCGGGAAUUUGUUAGGAUGGGCCUGACAGAGCCAAAGGGAGUUCUCCUGUAUGGUCCCCCUGGGUGCGCUAAAACCACCCUGGUGAGGGCCCUGGCCACGAGCUGUCAUUGCUCUUUUGUUUCAGUGAGCGGAGCUGAUCUCUUUUCACCUUUUGUUGGCGAUUCAGAAAAAAUCUUGUCUCAGGUAUUUCGACAAGCAAGAGCAAAUACUCCAGCAAUUGUGUUUUUGGAUGAAAUUGAUUCAAUCUUGGGCUCUCGAUCAAUCAGCAGAACAGGAUGUAACGUUCAAGAACGUGUUCUUUCUGUUCUCCUAAAUGAAUUAGAUGGUGUUGGAUUGAAGACUAUAGAGAGAAGAGGAAGUAAAUCAGAUCAACAUGGUAAAUACAAGGAGCUGGAAAAAAACGAAGAGCUAGAGUUUCAGGAAGUUUUUAAUAGCAAUGUCAUGAUUGUUGCAGCAACAAAUAGACCUGAUGUGUUAGAUGAUGCCUUGUUACGGCCUGGAAGAUUAGACAAGAUUAUUUAUAUUCCACCUCCAGAUGAAAAGGGCAGGCUUUCUAUUCUGAAAGUCUGUACAAAAAACAUGCCAAUGGGGCCUGAUAUUUCCUUGGAAAAUGUAGCAGCACAUACCUGUUUUUUCUCUGGAGCUGAUCUUGGAAACCUCUGCAAAGAAGCCGCCUUGCUGGCUCUGCAAGAAAAUGGACUGGAAGCGACCACAGUGAAACAAGAGCACUUUCUAGAAUCACUUAAGACUGUAAAACCAUCCUUAAGUCACAAGGAUUUGACUUUAUAUAAAAACUUAUUUCAGAAACAAGGAUUUUCUAACUUAGAAGAUAUUUAAAAAUUAUUUUACAUACCUGCUUAAGGAUUAACUUAAAUGUGAACGUGCAUUAUAAUUUGCAACUUCACACUCUGUGUGUAUUUCCUAUAAAUAAAAAAACUUGUGCCUAAUAAGCUAAGAUUUCAUACUUACAGAAAAGUUAAAAGAAUAAUACAAAGAACUCUUAUAUACUCUUAACCCAGAUUCUCCAAUUUUUAACAUUUUCCUACAUUUGUCUCCUUUCUCUCUCUCCCUCCUCCCUCCUCCCCACCACAGUAUUUUUCUGAACUAUUUAAAAGUAGAUUUUACACAUCA